CCCAUCAGACCUGAUUAAUCCCACCUGAGCUCGCGGGCUCGCGUUCAGUCCGUGUGCAGGUGACGGAGUGGCGGCGCGAUGCAGAAAGGCCUGAAGAAGUACUUCGUGAACAUGGACGAGUACCUGUGCAGCCUCGGCCUGUACCGGAAGAUGGUGGCACGCGAUGCGUCCAGCCUGUUCCGGGCCGUGUCCGAGCAGUUGUAUUUCUCUCAGAAUUACCAUCAGAAGAUCCGUCAGGACUGCGCUAACUUCAUGAGAGCCAAUAGAUGCAACUUUGAGCCGUUUGUUGAAGGCUCGUUUGAGAAAUACCUGGAACGUCUGGAGGAUCCAAAGGAGACGGUGGGUCAGGUGGAGAUCAAGGCUCUGUCUCAGCUGUACAGGCGCUGCUUCCUGAUCUACCGUUACCCGGGGAAACCAGCCACCAUCAUCUCGGAGGACGACUUUGUGGACAAGGUGACGCUGUGCUGCUCCAUCAAUGGUCACUAUGACAUUGUUUACCCAAGGAGUUACCCCGCCUCUGCCGCCCUCUGUCAGUCUCUUCUGUAUGAGCUGCUUUACACUCAGGUAUUUGGCUUUGAGGAGGCGGAGCUCUGCCAGGCCAUGGAGGCCUUCAGGGUCGGAGGUCGUCGCUAUAGAAACAGUCCAUCCAUGUGCAGUGAUGUUGACCUUGGAUAUGACACACCUGAGGACCGCGGGCACAGUGAGGAGGCGGAGUCAGGCGGACCCAUCGAGGAGAAACCACGAGCUGUGACGGACGACUCAAAGCCUCCUGCAGAAGCUCCGCCUCCCUCCAGACUGUCUCUGCCCUACAAGGUGAUGAAGUCUCUGGACGGGGACGUUUACAGAAACCUGGAGUUCGAUGUGUGGCAGGACACCUGCAAAGAGAUGCAGAAGACGGACUACAUGGUGUUUGCAGGGAGGCAGUACUUCCUGGGAGACAAGUGUCAGGUGCGUCUGGAGCCGAAGGGCAAGUACUACAACGCCUUCAUCCAGGAAGUGGGAACGCACUCAUCCGCCGUCACGGUGUUCAUCGAGGAACUGGGCGAGAAACACCUGGUCCCUCUGACGGACCUCAAACCCGUGAAUCCGGUUCCCGCCUGGAAUGUGGCUGCGCCCUCCAGAAAAGGAGACCUCGACCCGGACUCUCGUGGUCAGCGGCAUCACCGCCAUCGCUACUUCAGGAAAUCUCGUGGGAUGAAGGGAACAGAGCUGCUAAUCCCACCUCCUCCUUCCUAUGGAGGCCCCGCCCCUCGAGUCUGCCACCUCGCUUCCAACCGGCGGGCCACCCCGCCCACCCCCUCCUCCAUCACCUGGAGCUAUGACCUAUGA